AUUCCCUUGCCCUCGGCCUACAUACCUAGUGUAGUAGGUGAGUGGCCUACCAGUCGAGUUUUAUAUUUUGCAAGCGGACCCGCCAACCCCAGGCCGUCGUGAGCUUCCCGUGUCUGUUUUCUCUCCGCCCCCAUCGUCGGCAUCCAUACAAAUCCAUCGGAACCACCUGCCCUGCGCUUCUACUCCACGUCCCUGUUUUUCUUUUUCUUCGCGACAUUCGAGCCAAUAAUAGGGAACCGCCGUUACUCCUAAUCUUCGGUUCCAAAGCACAUAGCGCACACCAAGGACGACCAUUGGCGACGCGAAACAUACAGGGAGGAGGGAUCGAUUUGCGCAGAAACAAACUUAGAGAGGAAGAGAAGAGAGUCGGGUCCCAUCGUCACGCCACAAACCAGCUCUUCGAUUGACUUUCAUCGCAUUCUCCACACGCCAGCGACAACGGGUCUCCCCAACUGGACACAAAGCAACAACCGCCAGCUAAAGGAUAUCUGGGUUGAAGGAUUGAAAGGUUACAAAGGGCGGACGACGGCAUCAGGUCGACACGCGCAUAUUCUGGCAUCUGCCAUUGCAAUUGAGCGGCAGCCGGAGACGCAAAGGCAUACCUCCGGCAGAUAUUACGGAAGCACGUCUCUCUCCGCAGUAUUUCUCAAUCCAAAACGCACCGCAGCGGUUGCAUACCAGACGACACCAUGGGCUCAACACAAUUUGGCAACUUUCAUGACUUCUGUCGAGAUUCGACUCUUCCUAUCUGCAAUCUCCUUUCGGAUCAACACAGCCAGUCUGGACCAUGGGACGGCUCGGAUAAUUGCCAGUUGAGAGGAAUACCUCUGUCGAACGGAAAGAGGCUUGGGAACCUAGGAUCCAUACUGCUAUGCGCAAUUGCGAUUCUUACUUCUAUGUAUCUGCUCUACAGGUCUGAGAGGAAACGAGCUGCGGUUGGUCGUCGAGAAAUGCAAGUCUUCCUCUUGGGCUACAUUGUUAUAUCGAUAUGUGAGAUCUUCACAGUGGGAGAUUUCCCGCUGAAUUCUACAGUUCGCAUCGCGUUCACAGCCAUUCACAUCGGGUUCAUCAUCGCCACUACCUGGAUACUGAUGCUCAACGCAAUCGUCGGCUACCAACUGCUCGAUGAUGGCACUCUCCUUUCACUGGCUUUGAUAGUUGGUUCUGCAGCGAUUCUGCUUGUCGGAACUGGUUACAUCGCUCUCGAUACUGGACUGCACUGGACAGGCUACUGGGAUAGUAGCUAUGAGCUGCCCAAAAACCGACACAUUGCACUCUACGUGCUUUACCAGCUUGCGCCCCUUGUUUUCCUGGUCGCCUACUUCGUCCUGGAGGCCAUCCUGGUCAUCAGGAUUCUCGGCGAAACGCGCCCGAUGCUCUAUCUGGCCUCUGCUGCGAUCCUCUUCGCGGCAGGCCAAGUCUUCAAUUAUGAAGUCAGCAAAUACAUUUGUGACGGCACAUCUGGAAAGAUAGAUGGCGCGCUUUUUGAAACCCUCUUUACUCUCCUGGCGGUAGUAAUGAACUGGGUUUUCUGGUCCAGCAUUACCGAAGACGAUUGGCCGACGGUUCCGCCUAACCAGUUCCCAUAGAAGGGCCAGUACAGGUUGAAGUCUCGAAAACCGAGGUCAACGGUAUUCAAAGAUGAGUUUUUAGGGAUACUUGAGCGCUUGCAGGUGGGUGUCCCAUAGACAUGGUUCUACCGGUGCUCAUCCCGAACAGGAGAACCACCUUCCUUUUUCUGCUUCACGACGGCGGCGAGACCUCCUUCUUCGCACAUAUACCCCCCAACAGGAAAAAAAGCAAAAUGGCAAAAAUACACCAAUGGAUAUGAAGACACGAAAGAGCGAUCACAUGUUUUAUUUAUUUUCUUCUUCUUCUUUUCCUUCUUCUUCUUCUAUUACCACGACACGUUUGCUUUAAUAACAGCUCUUGCGAGCGGGAAGGGACAGAAAGAGCGAGAAGGGACGGGACGGCAAGCGGGUUGUUGGGUUAUGGAUUGCCCGUCUACACUGUCGUUUGGACAACCCGCAGAAACCAACUUACGACGCUUAUCGACAACUAUCAUGCAUCAAACCUAAUUAGGAAUGUUUCUGAAAGACGGGGACGACGACGCGGGGAUAGAAAAAGGCGUAUGCAAGAUGGCAUGGAGUCGCAGCAGGCAAUACAAGAAGAAAGGGGGAGAGAAGAGCAGCGGGAAGACUGGAUGAAAGACGCCGGAACUCUAUCAUGGUUCUAUGAUUGUUUGGUGGGUUCAGUUACGUACCGCUCGUGUUUAAUGAUGAUGGCUUCGAGGCGCUCUGUACGACGGGAAAAUUUACGGCAAAUGUAUACCAAGGGAGAGAUGCUUCUCGGGGAUGCUUUGGGGCGGGGAGCGUGGAUUUACGUACUAUUAUUACUUAUACCCUAGUCAGACGAGGAAUGAGAUACACACACAGGUCAUGAUCUAAUCAUCUGUUGGUAAAAUUGAGUGAUCGGAACCAAUUUCGUCCUCAGCAAAUACUGAAUGUUCAAGCG